AUGGCAGCAUCUCGUCCCUCACGCGAGGAGUUUCAAGUUGGCUGGAUUUGUGCCCUGCCCGUUGAGGCAGCAGCUGCGAAAGAGAUGCUGGACGAGAAUUUCGGAAUUCUGGAAGAGCAAGAUAUAACAGAUCCGAACUCGUAUACCUUGGGCCGCGUCGGCAAACACUAUGUGGUCAUCGCCUGCCUCCCCGAUGGACAAUAUGCGACUACUUCUGCCACAACAGUUGCAAACAAUAUGUUGCGCACUUUCUCCACCUCGCUGCGUAUUGGACUGAUGGUGGGCAUCGGGGGUGGAAUCCCAUCUGAUGAUCAUGAUAUACGACUAGGCGACAUCGUGGUCAGCCGCCCGGAGGGAUCUUGUGGAGGUGUCGUUCAAUAUGAUAAAGGGAAAAUUGGCAAGGACGGCAAGCUCGACCGAACGGGAUCUUUGAAUAGUCCCCCGAGGUCACUGCUAAAUGCUCUUGCUAGUAUGAGAGCUGCUUUGUUGACCGAUGACCCGGAAUAUCCCGAAUACCUCAGGAGUGCGAUCGGGAGGAAUCGAAAAACACAAAAGCUCUUCGCUAGGCCUGAACCCAAGAGCGAUCGAUUGUUCAAGACAGAGCAUGACCACCCCCGUUCUAAAAAAACAUGCGAUGAGUGUCCAAGAGAAUGGGAGAUUAUCCGCGAGGAACGCGAAGACGCCGAUGCGGAUGCCGAGUCACAAACGCAUUAUGGCAUCAUUGCAUCUGGGAAUUCAGUUGUCAAAGAUGGGGCCACGAGGGAUCAAAUACGGAAAGAAACGGGCGCGUUGUGUUUUGAGAUGGAGGCUGCGGGCUUGAUGCAGGAUUUCCCUUGCAUUGUUAUCCGCGGCAUCUGUGACUACAGUGACUCGCACAAGAGUAAACAGUGGCAAGGGUAUGCUGCUUUGGUCGCUGCAGCCUACACCAAAGAGCUUCUCAAUUAUGUUCCACGGGGUCAGGUGCCGCAAGAAAGACUAGCUGCAGAUUUGACGAAGGUUUACGGCGAGAUUAAGGACUUGAAACAAGAUUUAGUCGUGAUCAGUCGCAAAUUUGACCUACAGGGGUUGCUCAUUGCUCCAGACGCCGCAUUUGACUCUUAUGAAAACAUACACGACGAAUGCCUCCCAGGGACGAGAAUAGAACUGCUCAACGAAAUCGAAGAAUGGGCAAAAGCUCCUGACCAGAAAUGCAUCUUCUGGCUGCAAGGCAUGGCAGGCACUGGCAAAUCAACAAUAUCUAGAACUGUUGCAAGCCGUCUCAAGCAGGCUGAUUCCCUUGGAGCGAGCUUCUUCUUCAAAAGAGGCGAAGCAGACCGGGGAAACGCAAAGCGAUUAUUUCCAACAAUAGCAAAUCAACUUGUGAGGAGUCUUCCGCAGCUUCUUCCUUAUGUCCAAAGAGCAAUCGGUGAGGAUCCACACAUCUCAGAUAAGGCCCUCAGGGAGCAAUUCUCGAGGUUGAUAUUACAGCCACUUCUUUCAGUCGAGACUAGCGGCACUACAACAACAUUGGUGAUCAUAGAUGCAUUGGAUGAAUGCGACAGAGAUGAUGAUAUUCGAGCUCUUCUCUGGCUUCUCCCACAAGUUCAACGCUCAACCUCAAUUCGAAUACGAUUCUUCCUGACUAGCAGGCCUGAACGGCAAAUCAAUCGGGGCUUCCAGCAAAUCGCGAAUGAUCGUCAGCAUUUUAUACUACAUGAGAUUCCAGCGCCUGUGAUUCGCAAAGACAUCACAUUAUAUUUUGAGCAUCAAAUCUUGAAAUUGAGAGAAGAACAGGAACAGGAGCGAGGGCUAUCCCCUGGUUGGCCGGGUGAGGACAUAUUUAAUAUUCUCAUAGAGCGGGCCAUUCCAUUAUUUAUCUCAGCUGCAACCCUUUGUCGGUUCCUGAGGGAUAGGAGCUGGGAUCCGGAUACCCGUCUCAAAGCUCUUCUCGCCGAUCAAACAAGCUAUGUGUCGAAGAUGGGCAGUACUUAUAUGCCGGUGCUAAACCAACUCCUCCAUGGCCGAGAUCGAGACGAAUCACAGGUCUUGAUCCAAGAUUUCAAGGACAUUGUCGGUGUCAUUAUUGUCCUUGCAGCUCCACUCUCUGUCAAUGCGCUUUCUCGGCUACUUGAUCGACAGGCUCAUGAUGUGUCUUACAGACUGGAUCAUCUCCAUUCGGUUCUUGAUGUUCCAGCUAACCGAGAUCACGCUGUCCGGUCACUCCAUCAAUCUUUCCCAGAGUUCCUGCUGGAUCGCAGACAAAAGGAGAACAACCCGUUUUGGGUGGAUGGCAAAAACGUACAUCAAAAGCUUGUCACACAAUGUCUGAAAGCAAUGGCCUGUCUGCGUCAAAAUAUUUGCAACCUCGAGAACUAUGCGACACCAAAAGUCGAUAUCGACUCAGAGUCUAUCCACCAGAAUCUACUACCACAAGUACGAUAUUCUUGUCGCUACUGGGUGCAUCACCUAGUGAAUUGUACAGACAUUCAUGAUCUGGUUCAUGAUGUCCACUGGUUUCUUCAAACUCAUUUUUUGCAUUGGGUUGAAGCAAUGAGCCUACUGGGUUUUGCAUUUGAAGUAGUUGAUCGCUACCCUACUGUGGUCGAUUUUUUACAUGAUGCAAAACGCUUCAUUCUCAAAAACUGCUACAUGGUUGAUGAGACGCCCCUUCAACUUUAUUGCGCAGGACUGGCGUUUACACCCCAUACUGCAAUAAUUCGUAGGAGCUUUGAAACAGACAUCCCUUCCUGGGUAUGCCGGUUACCCCAAGUUGAGGCUACAUGGAGCGCAGAACUACAGGUUCUUGAUGGUCAUCCAGGCUAUAUUACUACGAUAGCUUUCUCGCCCAAUGAUCAACUUCUGGCAUCAGGGUCUGCUGAUAACACUGUUCGGCUUUGGGAUACUACAACAGGCGCGCUCAGCCAAACUCUCGAGGGCCAUGUAAGCGUGAUAGCGUCAGUUGUUUUCUCGCCUGACGGUCGACUACUAGUCACUGGGUCCGAUGAUAAAACAAUACAGUUCUGGGACCCAACAACCGGCGCACUGCAACGGACUAUUGAGAGUCCCUCUGGUCCGGUGAGAUCAGUCUCAAUCUCACCUGACAGCCGCCUCGUAGUCUCAGGUGCUGAUGAUAGAGUCUGGCUCUGGAAAAUCGCCACGGGCGAGCUCCACAGCACUCUCGAGGGUCAUUCAGGGUUCGUCACAUCAGUUUCCUUCUCGCCUAAUGGCCGGAUAGUAGCAUCCGGCUCCACUGAUAUGACAGUGCGGCUCUGGGACCCGAUAACGGGUGCGCUCCAAAGGUCUCUAGACAUUUCAUCCUUUGUCCAUUCGGUGGUCUUCUCGCCUGAUGGCAAGCUACUGGCCUCUGGCUCAAGAGAUGGUAUAGCACGACUUUGGGAUCCGGCGACAGGAGUGUUAUUAUACAGUCUUUCGCAUUCCGGCGAUGUUGAUUCAGUGGCCUUUUCACCUAGCAGUGAUUUACUGGUGACCCACACCACGACAUCUAUACAGGUUUGGGGAAUCGCUACGGGUGUGUUACAACGGACUCUAGACCAUUCUUCUUCGUACGGUUCAAUGGCCUUCUCACAUGACGGCAAGCUAUUAGCCACUGGCACUUUGGAUGGUGCAUUACGGCUUUGGGAUCUGGCCGCCAGCGAAUGCCAGAGUGAACAUGAAAAGGGUUCCCAUCCCUCUGUUACUGGCCACCUAGGAUCGAUCCGAGCGAUAAGCUUCUCGCUCAAUGGGCAGGUACUGGCGUCUAUCUCUGGGGAUGGUGCAGUGCGACUCUGGGAUGCAGAAACAGGUGCGGUGCAGCGGAUUAUAUCACCUGUAGGUUAUGUCUGCUCGGUGGCCCUCUCAUCAGAUGGUCAGCAAGUCACCUGUCGCUCUAGAGGUUGGAAGUUUCGAGUCUGGAAUACUGUCACAGGUAAACUACGGCAUUCUCUAGAUGCUAAUGAGGGGGAGACAAGCUCGGCUCCCUCAGUGGUCUUCUCGCCCGAUGGCCUGAUGCUGGCGAUCAAUGGAUUAGGCGGAGUGAUACGACUAUGGGACUUAGUGACAGGAACCGUUCGGCAGAGGCUCAAAGGGCAUUCAGAUGACGUGCAAUUCAUAAGGUUCUCACCUAACAGCAGAUUGCUGGCAUCUGCCUUUUCCAAUCAGACAGUAUGUCUGUGGGAUCUAGAAACAGGCUCAAUGCAGCGGACUUGGAAGGUCGAUGGAUCAAUAGCCUAUCUUGAGUUCUCUCCGGAUGGCUCAUGCAUAGCCACUAACUUGGGUCUUUUGAGUGUUCAGCCAGGGCAUGAAAAUUGUGCCGCCUGUCUAACUCAUUUGAACAAGGGAGUCUUCGACACCGAAGAUCAAUGGAUUAAGAUAAACGGGAAGAAUGUAUUACGGAUUCCUCCUUACGCUCGUGCUCAAUGUUUCGCUGUCCACGGCAAUUUGUUUGCCCUAGGACAUCAGUCGGGGCAAAUUUCUUUUAUAGAAUUUUCUGCACCAUAG